AGUGCGCAUUUCUUGUAAUGGGAGUGCAACCGUCUGGAUCCAUUAUCCGGGUCGGGUCAGACCCGUUCAUGUUCUAUGAGCUGAAGUAUCUGUAAAAAGAGAAACUUUUUUUCUGUUUCUGUGAUCUGAUCGGACUUGUGAAUCAUGAACACUGGAGGUCGACUUAUUGCUGGGUCUCACAAUAGAAACGAAUUCGUUCUCAUUAACGCCGACGAAACUGCAAGAAUACGAUCAGUACAAGAACUGAGUGGACAAACUUGUAAAAUCUGUAGAGAUGAGAUUGAGUUAACAGAGAAUGGUGAGCCAUUUAUCGCUUGCAACGAAUGUGCAUUCCCUGCGUGUAGACCGUGCUAUGAGUAUGAAAGAAGAGAAGGAAAUCAAGCUUGUCCUCAAUGCAGAACCCGAUACAAGCGUAUUAAAGGUAGUCCCAGGGUUGAAGGGGAUGAAGAAGAUGAUGACAUUGAUGAUCUGGAGCAUGAGUUUUAUGGAAUGGAUCCUGAACAUGUUGCUGAAGCCGCGCUCUCUAUGCGUCUUAACACUGGUCGUGGUACUAACGAAGUGUCACACUUGUAUUCAGCUCCAGAGGUCUCUCAGGUUCCUCUUUUGACGUAUUGUGAUGAGGAUGCUGAUAUGUAUUCGGAUCGACAUGCUCUUAUCGUACCCCCAUCUACGGGUUUGGGGAACAGAGUCAAUUCUGUGCCAUUUACAGAUUCUUUUGCAUUUAUACAAACAAGACCCAUGGUUCCUCAGAAGGAUCUUGCAGUUUAUGGAUAUGGAAGUGUUGCAUGGAAAGACCGUAUGGAAAUAUGGAAGAAUCGACAAGUAGAAAAGCUUCAAGUCGUUAAGAAUGAAGGAGGAAUUGAUGGCAAUGGCGAUGGUGAUGGCUUCAUUGUUGACGAGCUUGAUGAUCCCGAGCUACCUAUGAUGGAUGAAGGAAGACAGCCUCUGUCACGAAAGCUACCCAUUCGGUCGAGCAGAAUAAACCCUUAUAGGAUGUUGAUUUUCUGCCGGCUCGCCAUUCUUGGUUUGUUCUUCCACUAUAGGAUUCUCCAUCCGGUGAAUGAUGCAUUCGGCUUGUGGUUAACAUCGGUAAUAUGCGAAAUAUGGUUUGCUGUGUCUUGGAUUCUCGAUCAGUUUCCAAAGUGGUAUCCCAUCGAAAGAGAAACAUAUCUUGACAGGCUUUCUCUCAGGUAUGAGAAGGAAGGGCAGCCAUCAGAGUUAGCGCCUGUUGAUGUCUUUGUUAGUACUGUGGAUCCAUUGAAAGAGCCUCCACUGAUUACAGCAAAUACAGUUCUGUCUAUUCUCGCUGUUGAUUAUCCGGUUGAGAAGGUUGCAUGUUAUGUAUCAGAUGAUGGUGCUGCAAUGCUUACAUUUGAAGCUCUCUCUUACACAGCCGAGUUUGCAAGAAAAUGGGUUCCUUUCUGUAAGAAGUUCAGCAUCGAGCCACGGGCUCCUGAAUGGUAUUUUUCACAGAAAAUGGAUUACUUGAAGCAUAAAGUCCAUCCUGCUUUUGUUAGGGAACGCCGUGCCAUGAAGAGAGACUAUGAGGAAUUCAAAGUAAAGAUAAAUGCAUUGGUUUCUGUAGCACAGAAAGUUCCUGAGGAUGGUUGGGCAAUGCAAGAUGGAACUCCUUGGCCUGGAAACAAUGUCCGGGACCAUCCUGGAAUGAUUCAGGUUUUCUUGGGACACAGCGGAGUUUGUGAUAUGGAUGGAAAUGAGUUACCUCGUUUGGUGUAUGUAUCUCGUGAGAAGCGACCGGGAUUUGACCACCAUAAGAAGGCUGGAGCUAUGAAUUCCUUGAUCAACAUGAAAGGUUUAGAUGGCAUACAAGGACCGAUAUAUGUAGGGACAGGGUGUGUCUUCAGAAGACAAGCACUUUAUGGAUUUGAUGCACCAAAGAAGAAGAAACCACCAGGUAGAACCUGCAACUGUUGGCCAAAGUGGUGUUGUUUGUGUUGCGGUCUGAGAAAGAAGAAGACAGCUAAGGCGAAAGAUAACAAGAGAAAGAAGCCUAGAGAGACUUCAAAACAGAUACAUGCUCUUGAGCACAUCGAGGAAGGUCUCCAAGUGUCAAAUGUUGAGAAUAACUCUGAGACAGCCCAACUGAAAUUGGAGAAGAAAUUUGGUCAAUCACCGGUUUUUGUGGCUUCUACUCUUCUGCUAAAUGGUGGAGUGCCUAGCAAUGUUAACCCAGCGUCUUUAUUGAGAGAAUCCAUUCAAGUUAUUAGCUGUGGAUACGAAGAAAAAACCGAAUGGGGAAAAGAGAUUGGGUGGAUUUAUGGCUCGGUCACGGAGGAUAUCUUGACGGGUUUCAAGAUGCAUUGCCAUGGAUGGAGAUCUGUGUAUUGUAUGCCAAAGCGAGCGGCUUUCAAAGGUUCUGCUCCCAUUAACUUGUCAGAUCGUCUUCAUCAAGUUCUACGUUGGGCACUUGGUUCUGUCGAGAUUUUCUUGAGCAGGCAUUGCCCGAUUUGGUAUGGUUAUGGCGGCGGGUUAAAAUGGUUGGAAAGAUUCUCUUACAUCAACUCCGUUGUCUAUCCUUGGACAUCCCUUCCGUUACUUGUGUACUGCUCACUUCCAGCCAUUUGUUUACUCACCGGAAAAUUCAUCGUCCCUGAGAUAAGUAACUACGCGGGUAUUCUCUUCAUGCUAAUGUUCAUGUCCAUUGCGGUAACGGGUAUACUCGAAAUGCAAUGGGGCAAAUCUUUCAUGGUUAAAGAUCGUAGAUUCAUGAAGAACACGAAACGGAGUUUUAACGCUGGAAGAAGCCAUGAUGAUGAUGAUAAUGAUAAUGAUGGCGAUGAUGGUGAUGUGUGCUCUUUUAGUGGUGGGUAAUGUGUAGACAUAAAGAGCUCAGUGCAGUUUUUACGUGUUACGUUUUCUUUCAAGUCUUUUCUUCAUUACUUCUUUUAUUUCACUGUAAUAAAUAAUUAGUUUUUUU